AUGAGCCUGUUCGACCUUUUCCAGGGCUUCUUCGGAUUCCCGGGGCCUCAGAGACCCAGGGAUCCCUUCUUUGGAGGGAUGACCAGAGAAGAGGAAGAUGAAGAUGAGGAGGAAGAAGGAGGAGGAGGCUCCUGGGGCUCCAGGUUUGGAGGUCCCAGGUCCCCCGAGGACUUCACUUUUGGCUUUAGUUUUGGCCCCGGAGAUGAGAUGCGUUUCCACGAUAACUUUGGCUUUGACGAACUGAUUCGGGAUUUCAACUGUAUUUUCGGAGACAUGGGCGGCUGGACCCUGCCCUCCUGUCCCCCUGAGCUCCCAGGCCCAGAGCCAGAGACCCCAAAUGAGAGGUGGAGGGAGGGGGAGACCAUCCGGGAUUCGAUGCUCAAGUACCCAGAUAGUCACCAGGCUAGGAUUUUCAGCCGGGACUCGGAGAGUGACCGGGAACACUCAUCUCCCAAAGUGGUCCCAGACUGGGACUCCAGGAGGCCUUUCCAUGGGUUUGAUGACGUGUGGCCAGUGACCUCUGAUGCUGCAGCCAGAGAGGACAAGGAUCUUGAUUCCCAGGUCUCAGAGGAUGGGCUGGGUCAAGUUCUACAGCCACAGCCUAAAUCGUACUUCAGAAGCGUCUGGGUUACCAAAAUAACUGGACCAGAUGGGACGGUAGAGGAGCGGCGCACCGUUGUGGAUAGUGAGGGCCACAAAGAAACCACAGUAACUCGUCGAGAAGCAGAUGGCAGUUCUAGAGAUGAUGCGGGCACCCCACGGCCUCCAGAGUUGGGGGACCGCCCUUCCAUCCUGGAUACAUUCCUAGGACGAUGGUUCCGGUCUUGGUAGCCCAAGUUGACUUCAUAGAGGACUCCAUCCCUCCCCUCCUUGCCCUACUCAUUACCAUCUGGGUUCCUGACAUCA